UCAGCCCAACGAAAGUCCUUUUUGUCCUCAGUCUCUUUCACUUACAAUUACAAACCCUUAAUAAUAAAACUGGAAAUUAGAGAAUCAAUUUGAGUUUUCAUUCACGCAUCUCCGAUUGCGUGUGGCCUACUACGGUGAUGUUUUCACAGUUAUCAUUCUAACCGAAAAUGAAACCCUCAAACAAACCCAAGCAAUGACCAUAAUCACAAUAACAUAGUUCAGGUUUUUGAAGAGCACUCAGAAAACUCAACAUCACUGGUCGCAAAAUCCAGAACAAGUUGCUUUUGUUUUCAUAAUUUGAACCAAGUUUGGGGUUAGGUUUGUAUUUUGGCGGAAGAUGUCUAUGCGGAUAAAGGCCGUGGUGGAUAAAUUCGUUGUGGAGUUGAAAGAAGCAUUGAAUGCUGAUAUUCAGGAUAGGAUCAUGAAGGACAGAGAGAUGCAAAGUUACAUCCAAGAGCGUGAACGUGAGGUUGCUGAGCGUGAAGCUGCUUGGAAGGCCGAUCUUUCUCGUCGCGAGGCUGAGGUCGCCCGACAGGAAGCAAGGUUAAAGAUGGAGAAAGAAAAUCUCGAGAAAGAGAAAAGCGUCUUAAUGGGAACUGCAUCAAAUCAAGAUAAUCAAGACGGAGCUCUUGAAAUUACAGUAAACGGUGAAAAAUACCGCUGUCUCAGAUUCGCCAAGGCAAAAAAAUAAGACUUUACUGGAAAAUACCGUUGUCUCAGAUUCGCCAAGGCAAAAAAAUGAGACCUUACUGGGGUGACAAAGGAAAAAGUUCGCCAAAAGAGGGCUGAUCCUGCUGGGACUGGUUUAGCUCAAAUAAUGUACAUCUAGGAUCAUGUAUUGUCAUUUAAUUGUUUUAUUCCAGUUUAUCAUUAUGUCAGAUUUGAAAAAAGUGUUAUUUGUUGCUCAAUUAAAUUUAUUAUAUGAUUUUUUUUGGUGACCA